GCCAAGAGAAACCUGGAAACGUGGAAAUCUCCAUCCGAGGCUCAGACCUGUCUGGCGGUGCCGCAGGUCCUCGCUCUCCUCGCUCGUUUCUUCUUCGCGAGGCGUCGCAGAAGCAGCCGAGGCAGCGAAAAGUUUCAGUGCCAGCUCGCUGCCUCUGCGCUGGUUCUCGUUUCUUCGGCUUCUGUUUGCCCUCUCUCGUCGAUGUGUGUGUGUGUUCUCCGAAAAUUUUGCUCUCCUCCCUUCCGUACACCACCCGCGGGCUGCUAUGGAGCGUCGAUUCCCAUCGAAGGCAUGACUCGUUCCCUCUCUACUACUGCACUACCGCUGUCAUUUCUCUUUUGUUUCCUGUCUCUUCCUUCCAAUAUCGUCCUUGCUCUCUCGUCAUCGGUAUCGCUCCUUCCCGUUACCCUGUUCGCGUUCUCUUUCUCCCUCGGUAUCUUUCUUUCCUACUACCUCGUCUUCGGCGUCUUUGUCCCCGUUAUCGCCCUCUGUGUAGUUUUCUCUUCUAUCUCUCUUUCUCCGCCGCUGAGUUCUCUGUUCCUCGCCAUUUCUCGUUACUUUCCUCUGUCUCUCCGCUUCAGCCUGUUGUUGUUUGCGGCGCUCGUUCUUGCUGUCUUGAUUUUGCACUCUCUUGUCCGCCUCGACAGAGGCUUGCUGGAGCGCCUGCAGUGCAAGAGGGCGGCCGAAGCCGAGGGGUCGACGCGCCUUGAAGACGAUGAGGAGUCCCGCGGGUUUCCAGCAGCCGCCUCCACCGUACCCUGCGAGUUCUGGACCUCUCGGAGCUCGCUCCUUGGAAGCGCCUGCCGGAGGCGUCGGUUCUCCACUCAAUGUCCCGCACGGUGAACAACGCGCGUUGCUCUCUUCUCCUGGUGAGAAGGCCACCGAGGGAGAAGUUCGGCCCGACGACGAGAUGAAGGCGCAAGUUGCAGCUCUUCUGUUGAAAAGACAGUUUCGAUCUGUCCUCCGCCAUGUGACCGGGGCUCUGCAGCCCGAGCUCCCGCCAGACCGCCUCCUUCAGUGGCUCUCAGUCAAAGUCUACGCACUUCUCUCUCUGAAGGACGCGGCCGGCAUCGAGGCAGAGCUGCAGGCUCUGCCCCACCCGCUUUCUUCUUCCUUCUGGACCUACGAGCGCCACCGCCACAUUUACCCAGUCUCCGACGAGACGACGGGGUCUCUGAUUCCGUUUUGUCUCCACCUGUUCCUGGCGGCUGCGCCGAGCAUCUGCACACCAAGUGCGCCGUCUGGCCUCGACGCCAUCUACGCUCUCCUGCGCUUCUGUCGAAAUCAACUUGGAAAGUUCUGCGAAGCCGCAAGGUGCUCCUGUGCCGUUGGCCCUCCCGCAUCCCCUGCUCGCAACGCUCUCCUUCGUCUUCUCGUCCCUAGUGUCUCUGCUUCCUCUUCUUUCUCUUCUUCUCCUUUCGAGGAUGCCCCGGCAGGGGCGACGCAUUCCCCGUCUUCUUCUGGGAAGCAGGAAUGUGCAGGGAACAUCUCGGGGGACAGUUCGAGAGAAGGAAAGGAGGCGCGGGAUGCGAGGAGCGACGCGCUGCAUGCGCUCUGGCUCGAGCGCCUGACGAUCGUUGCCUUCCUCGCAGCCGAAAUCCUCGUCGCCAGAGGGCACCCGCAGGAGGCUCUUCAACUCCUGCAAGAAGAGAUUCUCCCACGGCGCCAACACAUGCCGACGCUCUCGCUGAUGGGCCGCAUCAGCCUUCGUAUGAGCUGUCUCGAUCUCGCUGAAGAGUUCUUCGGUUACGUCGAGUGUCUAAGCGAGCGUGAGAGCGUCGUGACAAGGACGAACAACGGCUUGCUGGCGCUGCUCAGCCGAGACGCGACAGCGGCUCGCAGAGAGUUCGAGGCGGGUCAGGCGUUGGCCAGGGCAGGCGAAGAAGAAAGGCGACAAUUUUUGCUGGGAGUGAGUGCCUUCGAGACCAGUCGAGAAGAAGUUCACGAAGCCGAGCAAGCGCGACAGGCUGCGGCGCUCCCUGGUUGGGCCACCAAGCGCCUGGCAGCCGUCACCUUCCCGUCCGCGCUCGCGAGCACUGCGGCGAAUCUCGCAGUGGCAAACUUGUACGACAAAAAACUCUACGAGGCGACGGUGGCUCUCGAGUGUGCCAUGGAACGCCAUCCAGAAGAGUCGCUCUUUGUCGGAGGUGUGAGGAAUCUGCUGACGUUGUACGAGUUCUCCCUCAACAAGCAGACUUGCCUGCCCUACUUGUCGAAUCUCAUUCUGACAGCGGCAGCUGAGGAUCAGGAGCUCGCUGCACUCGUCGCGCCGUAAUGUCACGCUCUCGACGCCCCGGAAGAAGGAUACCGUGUUUACAAGACAAGGGGGCUUUUUCCAUCUCGUCUAACGACUACGGUGGCGCUCGGCGCCG